AUGAAUCUAUCAAAUAUAUUAGAUAAUAAUAAUAAUAAUAAUAAUACAUUUUUAAUAACAACAUUACAGCCAACUCAAAAAUCUUAUGUAGAAAAUCCAUUUAAUUCAUGGUAUAUUGGUGGUAUUUUGUUUUUAUGUACUUUCCUGUCGGUACUUCUUUGUGCGAAUUAUUAUCAUAAAAAUUAUUGUCAAAUAUGUUUAACACGUUUAAUACCCAAUCUUUAUAGAACACAAACAUCAGAAUCAUCUUCUCCUCAUUCUUUUGUAAAUCGUGUAGUCGAUCCAGUUUUCAUUUAA